AUGCCUUCGAAGCUGGUACCCACCAACCCGGAGGAGGUGAUGGUCAUCCGGGAUGUCACACCCAAUGUUGUGACGCUGUCUGUGCCGUUUGCCAGGUUUGGGAAGGUCCCUAUUGGAGGGAGGGCGACGAUUGUCCGUUUGACCUCCGGAGCCCUGGCAAUCUUCUCCCCCGUUGCGUUAACCCUUACCGUGCGCGCGAAACUCUCUUCCCUAGGCAACAACGUGCGCUACCUCAUCGCCCCGGACAUUGAGCACCACCUGUUCCUGUCAGAAUGGAAGUCCGCCUUCCCCGACGCAAAGCUCAUAGGCCCGGAGGGCCUUCCCGAAAAACGCGCCAAGGCACAUGCCGCUGGGAGUGAGAUGAUCGGGAAUGAGGAAUUUGAUGCCAUAGUGACGAGGGAGAAUUAUCUGAAUGUGUUGGGGGAGUUUGGGGAGGAUUUCGCCACCGAUUUUGACAUGGAAUACGUCUCCGCACAUCCGAACCGUGAACUAGUCUUCUACUUCCGUCCCGACCGCGUGCUCAUUCAAGCCGAUUUAUUUUUUAACCUGCCCGCCACAGAACAGUAUUCCCGCGUCCCCGAGUCGGAAAAACCCUCCCCUGGUUUAUUGACAAGAAUGUUUACCUCCCUCCAGACGCCAGGGAGCGGCAAUCCGUUGGGGAUGAAGAGGUUCAUGUGGUAUCUAGUGAGUAAUAGCAGGGGGGAUAGGGAGGCGUUUAAUGAGAGUGUGAGGCGGAUUGGAGAGUGGGACUUUGAGGUUGUGGUGCCGUGCCAUGGGGAGACAGUUGUACAGGGGGGCAAGGAGUUGUUUGAGCGGGUGUUUGAGUGGCAUUUGAAGGCGGCGAGGGAGAAGGGAAAAUUUUGA